AUGGCCGUACCAAAAGACUGGGGAGAUGGUAUUGUUAGUCCAGUCAAAGAACAGGGCAAAUGUGGAUCUUGCUGGACUUUUAGUACGACCGGAGCUCUUGAGGCGGCUUAUCAUCAAGCAUUUGGAAAAGGAAUAUCACUCUCUGAGAAACAGCUUGUGGACUGUGCUGGAGAUUUCAACAACUUUGGCUGCAAUGGUGGCCUUCCUUCCCAAGCCUUUGAAUACAUCAAAUCCAACGGUGGCCUUGACACAGAGGAAGCUUAUCCUUACACAGCUAAAAACGGAACCUGCAAAUAUUCAGCUGAAAACGUCGGUGUACAAGUCCUCGACUCUGUCAACAUUACAAUGGGUGCUGAAGAUGAACUGAAGCAUGCGAUUGGAUUAAUUGGUGCGACCAGUAAGCAUAGCAUUCCAGGUUAUCUUAUACCCACUUGCAUUUGUCUUAGAAAAAGUGACAUCUUGUACGUAGGUAUCCUCCUGAAGCAGAGCAUGGUGACUCCCGGAGCUGAGUCUAAGGACAGAGCUACUCCUGAACAAGUUGCCUCCUACACCCUUAAGCUCCUCCGCAACAGAAUCCCUCCAGCCAUCCUUGGAAUCAUGGCAAGCUCUAUUGGAUUUCAAAAUGAGUUUCUUUUCUUUUUUAAUUUAAUGAGGAAAACCUAGAUCUUGGUUGCUUGAGGUAAAAGUUAAGUU